UUCCUCGCGUUGCGCAUUCAUUCCCCACUCGACUGACUCGAGUCGCGAGAGAGACGAAGACGAGACGGGCGCCGGCAACUUAGACGCCAGCCUGCUUCACGACCCUUCGACUGCACCUGCGGCUGCAUACCGCCGUACCCCCGCCGAGUCCCUGAUGAGGCUGUAAGCCGACCUUUGCGCACGGACAAAGACCGAGAGCAGAAAUGGCGUGGCGCUUCAAAGCGUCUAAGUACAAAAAUGCGGCGCCCAUCGUGCCCAAGCCGGAAGCGUGCGUCCGCGACAUUAGCGUCGGCUCGUACCAGACCUACGGCAACAACAUCGCCGCCUCGGCCGCAUUCAUGACCUUCAACGUCGACCACAAUGGAUCGAACUUGGCUGUCUUGCCGAUUGACGACUGCGGCCGAAAGAGCAAGACCAUGCCCCUUUUGCACGCGCACACAGACACUGUCACUGACAUGGCCUUCUCGCCCUUCAACGACGGCCUUCUCGCCACUGGCUCUCAAGACUGCCUUGUGAAAAUCUGGCACAUUCCUGAGAAGGGCCUUGAGGAGAGCCUUUCGCAGCCUGAGUGCAUUUUUUCGCACAAACAACGGCGUGUCGAGACUGUCAGUUUCCACCCCACAGCAGAUUUUCUGCUCACGUCGACUUCUUUUGCCACCGUUUCUCUCUGGGACAUAAACACAGAAACUGAACUGUAUUCGAGCUCCGAAGGUGGAGAUGUAGUGCAAUCGCUUAGCUGGCGUGCUGACGGCACAGUUUUUGCCACUACCUGCAAAGACAAGCAGGUGCGGGUGCAGGACCCUCGAGCCAACCGGGUGACCCAUUCGGCCAACAGCCACCAGGGCCUCAAGGACUCGCGCGUUGUGUGGCUUGGUGACCCCAACUGGGUGCUUACCACGGGCUUUGACGCGGUUCGGCUCAGGGAGGUCUACAUCAGGGACAUCAGGAACUUUGAGGAGCCUGUAAAGAUACUUCAGCUUGAUUGCUCAACUGGAAUUCUUGUGCCGCUCUUCGACCUGGACACAAACAUGCUUUUCCUGGCUGGAAAGGGUGACACUACUAUCCAGUACAUGGAGGUGACAGAGCGGGAUCCAUACCUGAUUGAAGGACUGCGCCAUUCAGGCGAGCAGACCAAGGGUGCCUGUCUGGUACCCAAGAGGGCACUGCAGGUGAUGCAGGCCGAGGUGAACCGCGUUCUGCAGCUCACCUCCACCUCUGUCAUCCCAAUCACCUAUCAGGUCCCCAGAAAGUCCUACAGGGACUACCACAGCGACCUGUUUCCUGACACGGCGGGACCGGUUUCCCCCAUCUUUGCCUCGCAAUGGAUGGCUGGCGAGAACCGUGCCGUGGCCAAAAUCAGCCUUGAUCCUGCCAAAAAACAGGCGGGAAUUACCCAGGUGCACCGAGGCAAUCUGUCCCAGAUGCGGGCCAACAUGAGCCAGCAGCUGCAACAGCAGAAGGAGUCGGCGCCGAACAACAAAUUGAUCAGCGCCGGCAAGUACAAGCAUGAGGCGCCCCCGUCAGCUAAGCAGCACCAGAACGGCGCUGAUCAAACGGCACCCGUGCCACCCAAACCCAUGCCCAGGUCGCGCGGCUCCAUUCCCGACUCCAUGGAGAACGCCAGCGACAACAACGGCUCCUCAGUUGUGGCUCCUCGCCCGGCUGCCAGGGUUGCUAAAAUCAACGCCACCAACAAUGGCACCGUCACCAGCGGGAACGGCUUCGUCAGUUACAGCGCCAACUCGGCCUUUAAGCCGAGGCUUGGUCCGCGUCCGUACACUCCACCAAACCUGGGUGACAAGUCGGAUGCCGCGCAGGAAACCAGCAACGGCAAGAGCGCAGAUAUGGUUGAGCGCGUGGACAAGCUGAGUCUCGACCUGGACAAAGACAUUGAUGAAUCAGGUGACCAGGGCGACGAGUCAGGACACACGCCAACCACGGCCGAGAGACGCAGGCUGUUUGAAGAGCAGACUGGUGGACAGACCUCCAAGCCUAAGAAUAAAGAGGCGGGCGAGACAAAGCCAGUAGUAGUAUCUGAGCAGCCAUCACCUGUAGAAGAGGUGGCAGCACCUAUUGAGGACAGCAGCGGGGACGGCCUGAGCAUCGCCGAGCGGCGUCGCCUGUAUGAGUCACGCUCCAUGUCUGUACAGGAGCCGGCGUCCCUGUCUCCGACGCCUCUCAGACGCAGAGAUUCUCUAAAGGGCAGUCAGCCUCAGCAGGAGACCAUUCGUGAGGAGCCCAGGGUGAAGGUAACCGAUAAGAAUCCAGAGCUGGCCACACCCACGCCCAAGCGCACCUCAACGGUCUUUGGCAGGGUGUCCAAGUUCAGGCACCUUAAGGGCACCUUCAUGCCCAAAGCCACCCACAUCGAGAAUAUAAGGAACAUUAGCCAGCAGUUGCCGAAGGAGUGCGAUGGAUUCCAUGCAAAUCCAGUACGCGCAGCUGUCCCCCUGAGCGGACCAGGUGGCAAAAUCGCCAUCUUUGAACUGGAUAAGACGGGCAAACUGCCUGAUGGCGUGAUUCCUACUCUGGUGAACGGAACCAGCGUUAUGGACUUCGCCUGGGAUCCAUUUGACUACAGCCGACUCGCAGUUGCCUGCGAUGAUGGUACAAUCCAGUUGUGGACCGUACCUGAGGGGGGAUUGACUGAGCCGACGAACGAGCCUACCACCGUCCUGUCAGGUCACUCUGAGAAGAUCUACUUCCUAAAGUUCCAUCCCCUGGCCAGAGAUGUGGUAGCCACCGGCUCCUUCGACAUGACUGUGCGCAUCUGGGAUUUGAAGGAGCAAACGGAGAAACUCCAGCUAGAGGGACACACUGACCAGAUUUUCAGUUUCGCAUGGAGUCCGUGCGGCAAGUUCUGUGCAACCAUGUGCAAGGACACAAGGCUACGUGUGUUUGAGCCACGCAAGAGCUCUAAGCCAAUCGCUGAAGGCACUGGAACGGAGGGGCUGCGCGGCGCCAGAGUGGUGUGGGCCUUGGAUGGUACCAUGCUCGUAGUGGCUGGCUUUGACAAAAUAUCCGAGCGGCAGAUCGUCGCGUACAACGCCAAGAACUUAAAGGCCCCUCUCGGUACGGUCGGCCUUGAUGUUUCCCCGGCCAUCCUCGUCCCCUUCUACGAUGAGGACAGCUCCACCAUCUUCCUCACUGGGAAGGGUGAUUCAACAGUUUAUGUGUUCGAGGUGACGGAGGAGUCGCCGUACCUGUGCGCCCUUAGCCACCACCGAAUGGACAGUCUGCACCAGGGUAUUUCCUUCCUGCCCAAGAACGUGUGCAACAUAUCAGGGGUGGAGUUUGCUAAGGCUUUGCGCCUGACCAACAACACUAUCAAACCUGUUUCUUACACCGUGCCACGCAUUAAGAGCGAACUGUUCCAAGACGACCUUUUCCCACCAACAAGGGUGACCUGGGAGCCAACCAUGGAGGCCAAGGAGUGGUUUGAAGGAGGUAACAAGCAGCCACGUCGCAUCAGCCUCAAACCAGAGGGAAUGGACUCCUUGUCUGACAGCCAGCCGACAAACGGCUCAGACAAAGUGAGCCACAAAAUAGAGAACAGCACGCCCUUUGUUGGGCAGAAGCCAAGCUGGGACCAAGGAUCAGUUAAGGAGAAGCAAGCAGCGAUUCAAAAGUCGGUGAGCAAGCGUAUGGAAAUCAACAUGAAACUGGAGCAGGAUGAAAUGGAAGGAGUUGACUCCAAGGAGUGGGAAGAUUAAAUUCCACUGAAAAAAUCAGCCUGAAAGAUAUUCAUCUGUUAGAAGGAAGGCCUUAGCUGUAAGAAUUGUUUUGUACGGAUAAAGACGAUCAAAACGAAAUGGCUCAUUAUCAACAAACAUGCACAAUAAUCUCUCUCCCUCGAUAAUUAUCUCGUUAUAUUAUCCUAAUUUAGCGUGUAGAGAGCAUGUAAUCUGAGGAUGGUUCGGCUCGGUUCACUGAACAAAUUCUGCUCAUGGCUCUAGUCAAGGGAAUCUGAAGUUUACGAAUUUGAACAUACAAGUCUGGAGAGUGAACCGGCCAGAAAAAAUGAGCGAUUUUCACACCUGUGACUUUGAUUGUGCUUGUGAUAUCUCUUGUUCUUCUAUUUUCUACUAUUUUUGUACUCUCCAUGCCCACAAAGGUCGAAGAUCAAACAAAAGCAACUGUCAUUUUUAAGUUAGUCAGCUGAGCGAAUGCAUUCCUGGUGCUGCCAAAAUUAGUCAUUUCCGUUCUGAGUGCCAAACGCAUUCUAAUUCUAGUUUUUGCAUUUGUGUUUAUUAUUGUUGCUAAGUGCCAUACACACCCGCUGAUGAGUGCAUUCCAACUGAUAGAAAAGGCCUUUUUAUACAUGAUAUAUAUUGCAUAUAUCCACACCCCUCUUUUGCAUUCAGACAACUUGUACACUUUUUGUACGAACUCUGCCCACAGAACAAUCUUCUCGUUGACUUGUUAUAUGUUUUGACACCGGAGCUUUUGCUUUUCUGUUGAAUUGAACCCUGCGGUAUUCUGCUAAUUAAUUUGUAAAAUUAGCCACACUUAACGAAGGUAAUGCAAUAUUGUGUAAAAAGCGUGUAUUGUGUGAUUGUGCUUGUGUAGGAUUUUUAAUGAAGGACGGAAAGUAUUCUAUUCCCAGCAUUAUUUGUAGUGUUAAAGAUCACGUAUUAUAAGAGAGUGAAACGCAAAGGAUGACAGUUUUGACAUUAUUUCUAUUUAUAAAUUGUAUACCUUAAUAAAAUAAACGCAUCUCAUGAAGUACACUCCAUCAAAAA